UAACGGCGCCUGCUUCCCUUGUAAUGGAAGAAAAACAGUCUAAUUUGUGUGAUAAUGUAGUUUAAAGUAAGCUGAAGACCAAACCUCAACAUCAGUAGGUCGUCGUUAUUCACUGUUUAUUACAAGUACACCACUAUGGCCUCACCAGGUGACAUUCGUGAAAAGAUGCUGAAGAAACGUCGAGCUCUUAAAGAAACUCUGUCGAAGAACAAAGACGAGGAUGACAUUCAGGCUCUGGUUCCAUCUCUCAAAAAGAGUAAGGGGAAACUACAGACUACGAUGAAGGAACCUUUAACCAGUGAAGAAGAUCCAGGAGAAACACUAAAACGCACUUUUAGAGCUCAAAGAGAGAGGAGGAAAAAGCAACUUGAACAGUCUUCAGCCCAGGAGCCACUUGAAGAUGAUGGUGUGGAGGAGAUUUCACGUGUCCAACGCCACAGUGAAGAUGAAGGAUCAGCUGACAAGGCAGAUGAAAAACCUGCAGUUUUGUCGAAACCUCCGGUUGGUUCCCUGAAAGGCCACUCCUCAAAGGCUCACCACGCUGGCUAUAAGCUUUUGGAUGACAUUGUGGCGCGACGUUUGAAAGAGAGACUGAAAGCCGCCAGAUCCAAAGGUGAGAGUCUCCAGGAGCAGGAAGCCGCCCAGGAGCCUCCAAGUCGUCUGCAAGGACUCAGAGACAGAGACACUGUGACCAGGUUCGACCGAGAGGUUGAUCCAGACAGAGCAGGAAGACAUGAUGAUCCUGUCUCACUGGGCACCAGGGUCAAAUUCAAAGAAGCAGCAAGACGAACAGAAAAAGGCGUACCUAUUGCUGAGGAAGCAUACAACUUCUUUACAUUCAACUUUGAGCCAGAGCUACAAGAGAGAACUGAGGAGAAAAGCAGGAAAAGACAAAAAAAGAAGAAAACAGCUGACAGAGAUGAAGAGGAAGAAGAUGCUGAAGAGGAUGGGGAUCCUGAAGGUGAAGAUAAUCAGGAUGAAAUUGAAAACCAGGAUGAAGAAGCUCCUCUCGUGCAAGAUGCUGGGGAGGAUUUGUUCAUGAUUGGACAGUCGUCUCAUGACUUCCUGGAGGUGAAAAAAGCAGAGUAUAUUGGCUUUAAAGGGCUUCUUCAGAGAGCGAGUGAACUUCUCUUUAUUCCAGGUCAUAGAAAUGUUGACACCAAAAAUAAACUGCCUGAAAACAUAAAGCCUCGUUACCUGGAGGAUGAGGGUCUGUACGUGGGGAAGAGGCCUCCUGUCUCACGCAUCAAUGAGAACAUUAUGGAGAAUCGCAUCUUAAAAAUGGAGGAGGGAAAGGAGUGGUUUGGAGAUGAUGGCAGGAUAUUGGCUCUUCCAGACCCCAUAAAGGAGUCGUCCACUCGACCCCCACUCUUCCAAAUGGAGGGGGACCUGCACCCCUCUCUGCAGACUGUGUUCAGGAAGCCUAUAAUGUUCAAGUAUGCAAAUCAGUACAUUGCGGGUGCAGCGGACCCUGAAGGGGACUACCAGCUCGAUGUGGAUGUCUCUGGGCUCAUCUUCUCUCAUCACCCACUCUUCAGUCAUGAGCACGUCCUUGGAGUUCGUCUUGCUCAGCUGUAUGAUCAGUACCUCACCAGGCAGCACAAUAACCCCACAAGACACCUUACAGACAAGCUGAAUGGACUGAGGAGUGCACUAGCAAGUAUGCUGACGUUCUAUGGCGAGCAGAGAGCCAGUCAGGCGUUGCAGCAGAGUAUAACAGAUUACAUUCAGGAGGUCAAGAACACUCGGCAGUUGCGGGACAGUGAGCAGGAGAAAGACGGGACUCUGCUGAAGAAUAUCGUUAAAGUGUGGAAAGAGAUAAAGGCUCUGAGAGAUUCACAGGAGGGCAAAAAAAACACUCCAUACAAGCUCUACCUCAGAAGAGAAACAGUGGACCAGGCUAAAGAUGAGCAGGAGUAUGAGAAGGAAAUCCGGGCGGAGAUUUUUGAAUUAGACGCGGAGACUGAGGACGACUACCAGAGAAAGCUGGCGGAGUACAAGAAACAGCUGGAGGAGUGGAAACUCUGGAGAAGAAAACAGAAAGCCAAAAAGAAGAAGAGAAAGAAGAAGAAAGGACAAUCCCAGGAUGACACAGAGGAAGAAGAUGAGGAUGAGGAGAUGAGUAAAUCAGAGGGAAUCGCUGAUGAUGGGCCUUCAAAGCCAGAGCCUCCACAUAAGCAAGGGUUGGACUCCAUAGAGGAGUGGGUCCGAGAGAAAGCCUCCAGGAUACGCAGGAAACCAGGGGAGCCCAUCCUGAUCCCCGUGCUCACUGCUUCUGGAAAUAUCACUGCCACCGAACAAUGCUCCAAGGAAGAAAAGGCUCGUAGACAGGAUGUCGCAAGGCACUCUCUGUUCAUCAAGAUCCUCUACAAUGACAAAGAAGUUUCCAGAACAGACAGCCGCUCGCUAAACAAUGACUUCAGAGUCCACUUUGGCCAGAUUUUCAAUCUCAAGAUCGUAAACUGUCCCAAGAGCAUCAAUUUGCAGAUCUAUGAGGAGAUCGGCUCAUCAUCCUCCCUCCUGGCUCAAGUGUUUAUUCCAGUGCCUGAUCCCACAGUAGUGACAGGCAGUGCUUCUGUUGAGGAGUUUGAGUUCAGCAGCAACCAGAGAGUGACAUCAUCUGCUGGAGUAGGAAAUGAUGUGACCUUUGACGCUGAUGGCAAGAAGACCCUGCUGACCUCUGGGAAGUUGGCCUGCUGUGUUUCCUGGGGGGUCGGGGAGGAUGGCGUCCUACUAGCACCCCCUCUCUUAAAACAAGGCAAACACAGUGGCCUGGGUCGUUUUGAUGCUGUUACGCAUAUCGGAGCAUCUGGACUGUAUGACAUGAAAAAGAUUGGAGAGUGGGCCACACAGUCAAGACUGGACCCCAACGACCCAAGUAAUGCUUCCAUCAUGCAGCUGCUAAAGGUGACCAGUAGUGGAGAAGUGACAGCUCCUGAAUACUUCCGUCUAGAGCAGAUGCAGGAGGAGUUUAACUUUGUCACCGAUGAAGAGUUGGACAGAUCCAAAAGAUUUCGUCUGCUUCAGCUCAGAAAUCAGGGAGUGGCAGAGUUUAGAAAUUACAAGUUUGUUCCUGCUCUGGAGAGUGAAAUCAGUGACAAUGUGUUCCAGGACUAUGAGAAGAGACUUAAAGAAGGAGAGAUAAUUGACACCAAAGAACAUCUAGAUUCCCACAGAGCUUUGGCUGCCAAAUACCUUCAGAAGCUCAGAGAAUCAGUCAUCAACAGGUUUCUCCUUGCCAACCAUCAUUACACCCUGUCUGAUCUGGUGAUAGAAGAGGAGAUACCGAGCAUCGGGAUUCUGGGAUUUAACCUCUUCAAGCUGGCUGAACCCAAACGACCGCUGAAACCUCAGAGGAAAGAAAGGAAGAAGGUGACGGCUCAGAAUCUGUCUGACGGAGACAUUAAGCUGCUGAUCAACAUCCUUCGGGCCUACGACGUCCCUAUCCGCAGGCCACAGAACAAUAAACCAGGGCAGUCGUCUCAGACUAUCAUCCAGGGCAGUGAUUGGUUCACUAACCAGGUGAGGCCAUUUGUGGAGGUUUCCUUCCAGCGCACAGUUCUUCAAACCACCACAGCUGAGGGACCGAACCCCUGCUGGAACGAGGAGCUGCAGCUACCAUUCAGCGCUCCAAAUGGUGACUACAGCGCUGCCAGCCUGCAGUCAGUCAGAGAUGAAGUCUUCAUCAACAUAUUUGACGAAAUCAUUUUUGAAACUGGAGUGAAUGACAAAGACAGAGGGGAGUCCAUACACACCCGGGUAGAAAAGCACUGGCUUGGCUCAGUUAAGAUCCCUUUCAGCACCAUUUACUCUCAGUCCAGGAUUGAUGGCACAUUCAAGGUGAACACUCCAGCAGUGCUGCUGGGGUACAAUAAGGAGCGCAGUCAUGGCACCACUAGUGGUUAUGAUUUGUUACGGAGCACGAGCGAGGGAACGUUCAUCACCCUGUUCAUCACCAUCGAACCUCAGCUGGUGCCUGCAGAGUCCAUCAGGGAGAAGAUAAAGGAAAUGAAGUUCCUGCAGUUUGACAGUCAGGAGACCGAGAGUUUGCUGCAGGCAUCAGAGAAGUUUGAGAGGGAGGCAGCACAGUGUUACCCAGACCGACCCUGCAUCACCACCAUCAUCGACCUCAACGGGAAGACGGUCUUUAUCACACGAUACAUAAGAGCUCUUAAUCCUCCUCAGGAGCUGCUGGAGGAAUUCUCCAACAACCCCCAGGAGGCCAUGGCCCUGGUCGCUCGAUUCGUCUCGCUCAUUCCCUCUUUGCCAGACGGAGUUUCAUUCUCUGGUGUGUGCGAUCUGUGGAGCACAUGUGAUCAAUUCCUCACCCUACUUGCCGGAGACGAAGAGCACGCCGUGCUGUUGUGCAACUACUUCCUGUCCAUGGACAAGAAGGCCUGGCUUAUUAUUGGCACUGCAAUACCAGAGGGACCCACAGCGUAUGUCCUGACUUGUGACCAGAACCGCUACCUGAUCUGGAACCCCAGCAACGGUCAGUCCUACGGACAGUACGACACUUUCUGCCCGCUGCAAACCAUCGGCUGCCUGGUGAAUGCUGAUAAUGUUUGGUUCAACAUUCAAGAGUAUACAUCGCCCAUGACGAUGAGUUUUGACACAGACAAAACUCACCUGUGGAAGCCAUUUUUCUCCAGAUCAUUCUCUCAUCCCGGGCUGUCCAGUGUGCAACCUGAAGAGCUGGUGUAUCGACGCACCGACAGAGCAGCUGCAGCGGAGCUUCAGGACAGAAUCGAGAAGAUCCUGAAGGAGAAGAUCAUGGAGUGGCGUCCUCGUCACCCAACCCGCUGGAACCGCUAUUGCACCACCACCCUGAAACGGUUCCUACCCAAACUGGAGCUCAGCAGGGGGCGGGACAUGGCAGAGGGGCACCGCCAUGAGCUGCAAAGCCUGCUGGGAGACAACAGGAUGACAGGAUUCCCCCUAAAUCUGCCGUUCUCUGAGAUGCGGCCCAUCGUGGAGGCCGUCUACAGCACCGGGGUUCACAGCAUUCUAGCAUCAAAUGUGGAGUUUGCGCUGGCUGUUUACGUUCACCCCUACCCAAACAAUGUCCUCUCGGUAUGGGUGUACCUCGCGUCACUGGUGUGCACAUGAGGAAUAUAUCUCACUGUAUAUUAUUCUGUUUUAUAAAAAUGAGCUUUAUUUUUAUCUUCUGAAGACUUUGUUGUUUAUUUCCUGCACUAAUUUGUUUCUUCUGUUGCAUUUAAAGUCCAACUGUCCCAUUUUAAUAAAAACUGUUUCAC